AUGUCCGGCCGUCGUCCCGCAGACGGCCCGCCCGCAGGGCAGCCGCCAGCAAAGAAGCCGGCGCUCGACCUGGCCGCCAUCCGUGCCCAGAUCGCAGCCAAAAAGGCCGAGGUCGAGGCGCGCUUGAACGCCCAGAAGAGCGGCUCAGCGAGUGGCUCGGCGUCGCCUGCGCCGCCGGCCCCCUCGGCAUCGACGUCCUUUGCUGCGCCGGGACCGGCCGCGCUCCCUCCCAAGCCGACGGUCGACCCCGAGAUUGCCGCGAGGAUUGCGGCCGCCAAGGCGCGCAUCGACGCGCUCAAGAACAAGCAGGCCAACCCAUACCUGUCUGGCGCGGGCGCGCUUGCGUCGAGCAGCGCGGCGGCGGCCAAGCCCAAGCCUGCCUCGUCGAGCGGCGGUGUGAGCUCGGUCGCGCUGCACCCGCUCCUCAUGGGUGAUACCGGCAACGGAGCCGGCGGCGGCGGCAAGGAGAAGAACGAGAAGCAGGCCAUGCGCGACAGGUACAAGACGAUGGCGCCCAAGUUUUCGACUGUGCGUGCCAACGCUGCUGCUGCCGAGGAGGCCCAAAAGGUCGCGGCCAACGCACCGGUUCCCGUCACUGCGGUCGUGUCGAACCCGUACGCGUCGACCAGCGCGGCCGCAAGCGGCGCUCCCGACGACGAGGCUGGUCCGUCGGCCCGCCAGCGCAAGUCGCGCAAGAUGCAGUUCUCCACGCCUGGCAGGUACAUCAAGCAGGGCGACCAGCUGCGUAACGAGAUCAAGCUCGAGGAGCUCAAGCAGCGUAUCGAGGCACAGUCGCGUAAAGCCGGUCUCGACUCUGAGUUUGACGUGCUCCAACGUUCACUCAAGCGCGCGCAGCCCCCCGUCGUCGAGUGGUGGGACGAGGGUAUCCUCCCCACCGGCACUACGUACGACAACAUUGUCGAGGCCGACACCUACUUCCGCACCUCUGGCGAGUCGCUCAUCACCCACCUUGUCCAGCACCCCAUCCCCAUCCCUGCGCCCUCGGACCGCAAGACGACCGAGCGCUCGCUCAUGCUCACGAAGAAGGAGCAGAAGAAGAUGCGCAGGCAGCGCCGUCUUGCCGAGCUCGAGGACAAGCGCGAUAGGCAAAAGAUGGGUCUGAUCCCCCCAGACCCGCCAAAGGUGCGCCUUGCCAACCUCAUGAAGGUCCUCACGUCGGACGCGGUGCAAGACCCGACCAAGGUCGAAGCAAAGGUCCGCCGCGAGGUGGUGAUGCGACAGUUGCGGCACGAAAAGGACAACGAGCAGCGCAAGCUCACGCCCGAGCAAGUGGUCGAGAAGGAGUACCAGAAAAACAUGCAGCACGAGAGCAAGGGCUUGUUCGCCACCGUGUACAUUGUAAAGUACCUCACCAACGGUCGCCACAUCUUCAAGGUGCGCGAGACCGCCAAGCACGACCUCCUGUCAGGCCUGUGCAUCUUUGCGCCCAACUUUGCCGUCAUUGUUGUCGAGGGUGUCGCCAAGAAGAUCAAGCACUACCGCCAGCUCAUGACGAACCGUAUCGACUGGACCGAGGAGGCGCGCCCGCACGGAAACGACGGCGACAGGAGCGACUCGGAAGAGUCGGGAGACGAGGACGCCGAGAAGAAGAAGAAGAAGGACGGAGAGGAGGAGGGUCCCGACAUGAGCGAGAACAAGUGCGAGGUCAUGUGGGAAGGCGAGAUUCCCGAGCGCAUGUUCAAGAUUUUCCGCGCGCGUCAUGUCGAGUCGGACCGCCUGGGCAAGGACUUCCUCACGCCAAAGUAUGAGGGCAUGUGGGAUCUGGCGAAGCGGUGGACGUGGCAGGGCGAGGACCUGUAG